AUGCUCGGAUCGCGCAUACACGAACAUAAGUUGGCUGUGCAACGAGGCGGCGCAUUCUCACAAGUGGCCGCCCACACCUACGAAAUGGGUCACGAGUUUAACUUCGCAGUCAUCAAAAUAGUCGCCUACGCCGGAAGCAAAACAGGCCGACAACUGAUUGAAGCCUGUGCCUCGGACGAGAACUCGGUCAAUCGAUUUAUCAAUCUGGCGCCGGUGUACAGAUCCCUGCGUAGUCACCUCCAGUCGUGCGACGUCGGUCGAUGAUUGUCCUAAAUGCCUUAUAACUGUCGCUUCUUCUAUUGCUGUUACUACCUCUGACGACGGACUCCUGUACGAGUCUGAAAGUUCAGGACAAUAAACAAAGUGUUCCGGUGCUCGAUGGGUUGUAUCUAUUUUUUAUUACUUAUGUAAAAAAGUCAAGUGAAUAUUUUAUUUAUGCACAUAACACAGAUCCAAGGGCAGUGUGUACUGGUGUCUAUGAUAAAAAUUGAUUGACAUACAUCAAUAUUAGCAUACUUUUCCGCUUAUUAGGUCCCAUUAGUGCCUUACAUGUUCCCAGAAAAAGGGUUCAAUGACAGGACAUGACCUACUCGUGCGCGAACUGAUGAUGGUUAGAUUUAUUGGCAUUACUACCAACAAUACUAAUAUUACCUUGGUAUCGAUAAGUCACAAAUAAGAUCUGAAUCGGAAACUAUUUGUACCGUCAGUUUCGAUCGGCCGGAUGCGAAUCCAAUACGCGUUUGUCGAGCGAAACGGUUACGAAUCGACUCCGACGUUUCGUAACUCAAACUUUCAACCAAAGGGCAGCCUACUUGUAUCCGCUAUCAGCGACCUCCCAGGCUUCCCCAUCCAGGUUUUGCCACCUACCGCCGUUAUUUCAAAGGUAAAAAAUCUAUUGAAAUGUAGAAUUUUAAAAUGUACCUUUGAGAGUUUAACGCAUGAAAAUCCUCAAGGGCAAUAAAAUAUCGUCUGUUUCUUGGUUAGAGUCCGCAUAACCCGACCAAAUGGGACAGAAGACGAUGAAGCCGACCACAAGCGCUCAAGCUAAGCGGGAUUUCUGCAAAAUGCGGAAUUUACUAUCGAGAAAUCCGCCGUCUGUUGUGGUUUAAUGGGACCGGGCAUAUUUCACAAGUACUAAUAUAUUUCACUCAAUGACUACAUGUGCGCAAACCUGCUUAUUCGCAAUUAUGAUGCUUUCUCUCUAAGAACCCGAUACUUUCGGCAAAUGAAGGGUUUGUCUACCAUCUUUCUUUUUACAGUGUCGCCCAUUCAAAACGUGUACUGCGCUACUUGCAUUAAAUAAACGGAUCAGUGCCCCGGAUGUACGUAACAUGCACAUCAAUAGAAUUAACUGAUCGUUGGGCACAGAUAUUUCCAUCGUUUUUUUCUAAAGAAAAGUUUUCAAUUCUGAGAGAAAUUUGGGAACCUCAUAUGAGAUUAUAAAACAAAACACGCACCAAGAACUGUCUUCACUUUCAAAAAACGCUCUGAAGUCCUAGAACUUUUAACUGCCCUCGGGGAAGCAUCUUCUGCCGUGUGGGAAUGGACAUAUCCGUCAAAAAAUCUUUGAUCGUCGAAAACUGAAGCCCGAGAACUCUUUCGUUUUUAUUAACUGUAUUUAUUUGGGUGAAAUUAAUAACCUAAGACACCCAAUCGGAGUCCUACUUUUCCUGCUUCUCCGCGUGCGCCACUGUGAGGUUCGCUGCUUUCUAUUACUAAGUUAUCUUCAUCGCCAGUGCUUCAAUUAAAGCUAAAUUCGAGAGAUUCCAAACUUUUGGAAAAGUGUUUUUAAUAUUAGGGCAUGGUGUGGGAGUGUCUGCAAACACGCCCCCAACCACCGACACGCACUACUUUGGCUAGCUGUGGUCAAAUUAUUCUUGCCAUACCUGACGGUCUUUGAUAAGAAAGCAUGUCUAGGUUCUUAUAUUCGUCGAUACGACCUUCGCAAAUGUUUGAUUUUGGUCGAACAGUUUGUGCUUCUCCAUCGCAGGAUUUUGCGCCCCUAUUACCCUGAUAGCAUUUUACUCGCCCAGGGCUAGCCCGGUCGCGGACUAGUGUUGCGAUUGUCUGGAUUUUUUCAGCAAUCCUAGGAGACACUGUACACACGGGGACAGUAGGUUAACGCGUGCGUGCGUGCACCCUGAAUGCGUGCGUACGCGCAAACGAACCCCCCAGGUAUGACGUGCAAAAUGCACUCGGGUGAGCACCAAGGAGGGGGUGUAGCAGAAAAGCUCCUUUCCUCGCACAGAUCGAGCGCUGUCAACCAUUAGGGUUACUAGCCCGCAAGUCAAACUGGCUAGCAGAUGUCUAGCCCUGGCCGACUAAAUUUCUGCUUUCGCUUAAUGGAGAAGCGUUGGUUACAUGUGUUACGGUGAGCUAGACUAAGGUCAAUACGACAAAGCCUUCACCUGUAUUGGCAGCUCGAGGUAACUUAAGGGAACGACGUCGAGAAUAUUUUGCAUUUUUUUCACAGCCAGAUUACCAUUUGACCAGCUGCUUAUCCUCUUUCUUCUCUCGUGAUUAUCCGGCCCUUAAAGUAUGUAUGCGUCUGUUAUCUUCUCUGUAUACACCAUAUAAUAAUCCUAAUUCGUCCUUUUAUUUGAAAUUUCUGGGUUUCUGACGCCCGAGAUUGUUCGCAGUCGGACCAUUUUUCGGUGUAAUGCCGUCUGAAAUGGCAGUCGAACCUUUCGCUGCCGCUAGCACCCCUCCAUUACUAAUUGCUCGUCAAUGUGUGACCGCCAACCAAGGCAGAAUAGCAGUAUCAAUCCCCUUUAUGCUAUUGGAAUAUAUCGGUGGACGCUAUCCCCACGUAACCUCGCCACUACUACAUGUUGUCUGUCACCCGCCAUCGAUAAGCCUUCAUCCGUCGCUAUCAGCCUACGGAUUAGGACGCAACUAUUAGGCCAGGCGGAACUGCAAAUCUCGCCUGCGUCAAAUUCCCUGAUGCUCCAUCAACGUGUAACACUUAUUUAUUGAUAUUGAGUUUUUGCUCGUGCACUCCACAGACCCAAAUGUAAACUCAUCUUCGACGUCACCUUUCCAAAAUUUUACGCUAAUUGACAGCGCCCGCGUAAUACUCAAUUAAAAUUCUGAACAGACUUACGAACUCAGACCCAGGUCUUCAGUGUUCCUACAUGAAACGCCAACUGGGUAACGACCACAGGGCGUUUAACCAUCUGCCGCAGGGCGUGAGCCACGCCGGCUAAUUAUGUCGUAAUCUACAGAGCCGACUAAACUAAUAAUGAUGCCAGCCGGUACACGUAUAAAUAGGUACAACUAAGCCUUUAGGUCUUAACACCACUAGCUGCGCAUGCCAUUAGUAUCCAUUUUCUCUCGUCUUUUCGUGGACUCUGUACUCAAGCGUGUUCUGCAAAUACGUUCCAAAGUUCACUUAUGACUUAGGCGGACCUACCAUGUUACGGGCCGACUGGCAAAGUGCUAUGACGCUUACGUAUCAAGCGCCAUGGAAAGUUUCGCGUCUUUCAGAUGUAGUUCGCUCCGUAGAUGUACAGAGCCCUCUUAGGAAGCAAAAAUGCUCCGAUCCCUUGCCCAGGAACACGCAAUAAACCGCUGGACUGUCACUUCGUACCGUUGCCCGUCCGUGAAGAAGUGAUUCAUAUAAUAAGUCUAACGUUCUUUCUUCCUAUCGCUGUUUAUCGCCGCUACUGUUGACGCCAUCUCCACCUAAGAGUGAUGAUUACAGUUUGCGCCUGUUUGAUGUCGUAAGUCAACCCACCCACUUGACUACCUCAUUACGUGUUUUCUGUCCUGUGUUGACUGGAGUGAACAAGACUCAACCUUACAUGCCCUUCUCCUAGCUUGAAGCUCUUUUACACCCCCCUGUUAAUGCCCAUAGAGUUUACGGCGCACUUUGUCUUGAGUUUUACCGUUUCAUUUGCAUCUGUAGCAUGCUUGUUUUGAUUCAUGUCUGCCAGGGUCUCCAGGACAUCCGACGAAUGCGUUAUGUGAUAUCGGCUGCGUGCAGCCCAAAUGUUGACUCUCAUCGUCAUGCUGGACUCGGGCUUUUUAUGCACUGGCAUUCCUAUCCACUCAUUUGCAUUCUUAGCUUCUCGUGUUUCUUUCCAAAUUAGGGCAGUUGGCUGCUUUGUCUAG